AUGAUCUCCCGUGAAUCGAUGAUUCGAGGACAACAGAUGAAACAGCCAUUCGGAGAACCUACGAGUUCAGAAAUUGCGAGCCAAUAUGGAGUUAGAAAAAGAAGCCAGCGCCUUCUUUUCAGAAUGGACAGAUCGCCUUGGGAUAAGCAAGAGACCAUCCAAGUUAAUGUCCUGAGAUGGCUCGAUAUCAACUCCUUCUUCCGCCAUGCCAAGGAAAAGGCCUCGUUGACUCUAGAUGAGAAGCCGGGAGUACUUCGGUGUGACCACCCUACAUACGUAGCAGACAAUACAAUUAACCUGUCAAUUACUUGGGAGAUGUGGAAGUCCAUAUCGCCACAGUCGUGUCGUGCUGUGUCCGAGUGUCUACCCUUGCCGGCAUCAUAUUUUCAUUUCGGAAAGGUGCCAGACUUCCCUUACUUUCCGAGUUUGAAGUCACCUAUGUCUUGGAAUCUCGUGAGGCAAUCGGUAUCUCUCAACCACCAUUUCGGAAACUUCAACGCACUCUUUCACAUGACCUUGGGCAUUUCAAAACUUCAUAUAUUCAUGAUCGUGGGCUUGCGGGCCUUUGGACAACCCAAAUUUUCCUCACCUCUGCGACUCAAAACAGCCGACCAAUCAUAA